AUGGUGCAGCUCGGGGGCGGCCGCCGAGCUCCUCCGGCCCCGGGCGCGCCGCCGGCCUUCAGCAUCGAGAGCAUCCUGCGGCGCCCGGCCGGGGAGCGGGGCACGGCCCGCUGCGCGCUGCCGGAGGAGCAGGAGGAGGAGGAGCAGGAGGGAGAGGGGCCUGAGGAGCAAGAGCCCAGUAAAGGCUCCAGCGACUCGGGCGGCGGGCCCCGCCGGGCCCGGGCAGAAGGGACGAGCCGCGGCCUCGGCCCCGAGGGCGGCGAAGCGGGAUCCCCGCUCCCCGCGGAGGGGAUACGCGGUCCCCGGCAGCCGCCGCCGCGAGAGGCCGGGGGCUCCGGGGCCGAGAACGGCAGAUCGCCGGCGGCGGGCGGCAGGAAGAAGACACGGACCAUCUUCUCCAAGAGCCAGGUGUUCCAGCUGGAGUCCACCUUCGACGUGAAGCGCUACCUGAGCAGCUCCGAGCGGGCCGGGCUGGCCGCCGCGCUGCACCUCACCGAGACGCAGGUGAAGAUCUGGUUCCAGAACCGCCGCAACAAGCUCAAGAGACAAAUGUCAUCCGAGGCCGAGGGCCCGGGGCCGGCCGAGCCCCCCGGGGAGCCGCAGCCCCCCAGUGCCGCCUCGGCUCUCUCCUUCCCGGCCGUCUACAAGGACAGCGCCCUGCUCAGCCGCUGCCUGCUGCCGCUGCCUUUCCCCCUGCUCUGCCCGGGCAGCGCCAUCCCCUACCUCUGCCUGCCCGGGCCGGGCAAACACUUCAGCCUGGUGGACGGGGAUGUAUAGCCCUGGCCUCCGACCUUGCCUUGCCGAGGGCCGCCCCGAUUUUAUUUAUGACCCCGCUGCGCAGGUGGAGUGUCCGUCACAGCCACAGCCACCACCCGGCCCACGGAGGGGCCGCCCGGGCGCC